CUCGAGUUCUGAAAUGUCAGACACUGAUGAUAUUCCACAACUGUCCGCCGACACCCUGGCGGCUCUUUCCAUGUUUCAAGCUGAGCAACAGGAGAAAAUCGAGCAACUUCAGUCGGGAAUCAUCGAGAAAAUCGAUGAAGACUGGCAGUUGAGCCAGUUUUGGUACGAUGAUGAGACAUCGCGGAAACUUGUCGCUGAAGGUGUCGCCGCAGCGUUGGAAGGAUCCGAAGCAAGGCCUGCAAGGAUCGGAUGUGUCUCUUCGCCCACACUCGUCAAGUUUUUCCAUGAAACUGAGGAAUACAAAACCGGUCAAAUUCAACUGACACUUUUCGAGUUCGACGACCGUUUCGGCUUGAAAUUUCCAACGGAAUUCGUCCACUACGACUACAAACAUCCGACAGAUCUUCCAGCUGAACUUCUCGCAAAAUUCGAUGUAAUUAUAGCUGAUCCACCGUUUUUGGCAGCCGAAUGUCUCAUCAAAACGGCCCAUUCAAUUCGAUUACUCGGAAAAUCUGAUGUGAAGGUUUUGCUGUGUACUGGAGCUAUUAUGGAGGACUAUGCAUCACGGCUCAUGGCAAUGCACCGAACGAGUUUUGAGCCACGGCAUGCUAACAAUCUUGCAAACGAUUUCUCGUGUUUUGCCAACUAUCAAACGUUGACUUUUUGUUGAUUUUCUCGACAAUUUUGCAUUUUUCCCGGGUUUUGUUAUUAAUUUGUUGAUUUUUUUGCUAAUUUUGAGCGGAAAAGCGUGUUUUAUUGUUGUUUUUUCAAAUUAAAAGACAUUUAAAAAAAAUUUU